AUGCGUUCGUUCACAGCAUUGGCCGUUGGCCUUGCCAUUGUUUCACCUUCGUCUGCUCGCUCGACCGCGGGUCCAUACACCGAUUUGGAGAACCGUGAUACAUCGACCAACCCCAAGAGCCCCGUGCUCGGCUGGUUUGGUCGCCUCUUUCGCAAACAGGCCCCUCCAGAGGCCUGCAUCCGAGACGAAUACUAUGACUUUGCAUACAAUAGCACUUUUGGGCGGGACUUCUGCAUGGAGUUCAUGACCUAUCCCAACACGACUGUGACGGAGACAUUCACACCCAUCAGCACCACCACGACAUUCACCGAAACUCGGACCUAUGGCUCCCCAACGACCGUCACUGUCACUUCCAGCCCAAACACCAAGAGCAAGCGUGACACGAAUGGCGCCAUGAUCAAUGACGUGUUCUCAAGAUUCCAGAUAGCGGGAGCUGCUGCAGCCGACGAAAAUGCGCAAUCAGCGUCCUUUUCUAGCGCUUGUGCCUGUCAAACGUACGCUGGGUCAACUGUAACAACAACGCUCACCGGCAGUGCGAGUGUCAUCACAAAGUCGGGAUUCGCCAAUGCCAAUGGUGCAACGACCGUUACAGUUACUGAAAGCGACGAGGCCACCACCGUCACAGUCGUGCCAGUUCAAAGCUCUGCCGCUGCCGAUCCGGAUGUCCCAGCUCCAACUUCUGCUGCCGAAGAGUCCAACCUUCCACCCUCGAGCAGUGAGGCCGUGGCAGAACCAACAGGCCCAUCCUCUCCGGGUUCCACUCCGGUCGCACCUGUUUUCAGCUGUCCCGAAGACAACAACUCGACCGUCAGCCAAUUGAUCGGCAACGAACGUUUCGACUACCUCAUUCUGUGCGAUACAGAUAUCACCGAUGACAACUUCUACAAUGUGCUCUCAUACAACAGCUUCUCGGAAUGUGCUGCCGCUUGCUCUGUUGCCGACAGACAAUUCGACUUCCCGGUUUGCAAGGGCUUCUCCUACUACGACACCAACGAGAGCCAGAAUUGCUUCCUGAAGGCAACCGCGAACAACACCGUUGCUGCGGGCAAUGUCGACAGUGCCAUUCUUCAGAGGAUCGCAGUCGACCGUCGAGAUUUGUUUGAGAUGAAUGGAUGA